CACUCGUUCAUUCUUUUGUCUCAGUUUAUCCAUUUUAUAUAUUCCAUCAUUGGUAAUGCGCUAUCUUUGGCACGUGGCCACCCUGGCCCUUUCGGCCACAGCACUUGCAACCUCCCUGGCGGAUGUCUGCACCAUUUCCUAUGUUCGAGGCGUCUUGCCAGCUAAUGGAACUUUUCUGGGCAUCACUUUGAACCCGGACUCCGUCAUGGCCAGUCCUGUCUACAACAAGAGCAUUCAGGCCAAUGCUUUCUUUCCCGCCACCACGGUCGACUACUGUGGGGUAACCCUUAACUAUAGCCAUAGCGGCCUCAACGAUAACGUCCAGCUCACGUACUGGCUACCCGAUCCGGCUGAUUUCCAAAACCGGUUCUUGACCACAGGCGGAGAAGCCUACAACAUCAAUGAGGGUUCCAUGAUCCUGGCCGGAGGUGUGAUGUACGGGGCGGCGGCCGGGCUGACGGACGGGGGUUGGGGCAGUGCCUCCUUUGACGAGGUCUUUCUCGUUGCCAACGGCACAGUAAAUUGGCAGAACACCUACAUGUUUGCCCACCAGGCUAUCCAUGAGCUGACCAUCAUCGGCCGCCAGUUUUCGCGGCUGUUCUACAAUCGAACGGAGGAGACCAAGAUCUAUAACUACUACCAGGGCUGCUCGGAGGGUGGACGCGAGGGAUGGUCGCAGGCCCAGCGAUUUGGGGAUGACUAUGACGGUAUUAUCGCCGGCAGCCCGGCAUUUCGAUAUGCCCAGCAACAAGUUAACCAUCUAUUUUCUGCUGUUGUGGAGCAAACCCUGGACUAUUACCCCCCUCCCUGUGAGUUGGACCGGAUUGUGAAUGCGACUAUUGAGGCGUGCGAUCCACUUGACGGACUGACUGACGGGGUUAUAUCGCGGUCUGAUCUCUGCAAGUUGCACUUUGACCCAACCACUCUGGUCGGCACCCCCUAUGCUUGUGCUGCCAGUUCCAGUAGCGGUAUUGGGCUGGGAUACGGCAAGAGGCAGUCUGCCACCCUCAACCCCGCUCAGAACGGCACAGUCACGGCUGAAGCCGUGGCAGUGGCGCAGACCAUAUUGAAGGGGCUCCAGGACUCCGACGGGCGCCAGGGCUAUAUCCCCUACCAACCGGGAGCGGAUUUCAAUGAUGCACAAACAGUUUACAAUGAGGAGACCGGCUCCUGGACGCUAAACCUCGGAAGCUCCAACAGUGAGUUUGUCCAGAAAUUUGUCCGACUUGUCGACGAAGAACAACUCUCGAGUCUAGAUAAUGUGACCUACGAUACUCUGAUUACGUGGAUGCAGACAGCAUGGAUACGAUAUGAAGAUUCUUUGCAAACCAAUAAUCCCGACCUCACCACGAUUCGGAAGGCAGGUGGCAAAAUUCUUCAUUUCCAUGGUGAGUCGGACUCCAGUAUUCCCACUGGCUCCUCUGUGCAUUACUACGAGUCGGUGCGCCAGAUCAUGUUCCCAGAUUCCGGUAUUCAAGACGGGGCUCAUCAGCUCGAUGAUUUCUACCGGCUGUUUCUUGUUCCGGGUGGCGCCCACUGCGCCUCGAAUAGCAAACAGCCCAAUGCACCCAUGCCCAACACCAAUCUCGCCGUAAUGAUUGACUGGGUUGAAAAAGGGAACGCUCCAGUAACUCUGAAUGCGACCGUUCUCUCGGGGGUGAAUGAGGGCAAGCAGCAGCAGCUGUGCGCCUGGCCCAAGCGCCCUUUGUGGAGGAAUACCACUGGCAGCCAGGCGAUGCAGUGUAUCUAUGACGAUGCGUCCUACCAGAGUUGGGUAUACAGCCUGGACGCUUACACGCUUCCCCUCUAUUGAACCGAGAGUUGGAAUGUCAUGGUCUAACCAUCAACUGGGAUGAUCGGUAUUGACCUGUUAGAUAAUGUGAAGUACCCGGAGCUGGUCAAUACUUGCGACAUGGCUGGAACGUCUUGGGAAGGGGAGGGGGGUCGAACUUCAGCCGGGCUUUGAGGCUUAAGCUCCAAUGCAGGGUAGUACUAGUAGGACUAUCUUAAAGGGUUAUGCCGCCUCCUUGCAGUCACUUAUUCCUUACUGUGUAGAGGUACAUCCAGCCAACCCCUCGUCACUAGAAGGCAGAUUUUGUACUUUUAUUAUCC